AUGUCGUUCCAAUUUGAGAACCUUCCACCUGAACAGCUUCAACUGCAAGUCCCUGUUUACAUUCUCAAGGGACAGACUUCUGUGCCUCGAAAUGGGCUGCUUGCCAUUUUUAACGACAAGUUUAACGUACAGUAUUAUGAAGUGUACAAUGGCCAUUUCAAAGCAAUGAUCCACUUGGGACCGGGUGUCAACUCUUUGGUUCUCCAGCAUGUGGACGGGAUUUGGAUGAACGGUCAACCUGCGUUUCCCAAAGACGCACCAUCCGUUUAUGCAGAGUCCAAAGUCAAGAUCAAUUACAGCCCGAUUCAGGAUGACCGACUCGUCCCUAAAAUCCAUCUGUGCGUAUUGGUGGCUCGGGAUUCGCCUCAUUUGUUUGACUGCCCUCAAGCGAAGAUGUUUGAAGGGAACGGACUCGACGUCGCAAUCAAAAAACUCCGCAUGGGGGGCAGAAUCAUGCAGGCUUUUACCCAGGAUGACAUGUACCUUGAGCAUUUCGGAUCAAGAAGCUUCCGUUUUAUCGAAGAACACACACGCACCACCAUCAGCUACUUUGAGGAACAACGCGGAGUGAAAAGGGACGAAAUUAAGAUCCAUGUCAUCCCGUGCAACAGAACCGUUGCGGAAAUACGAAACGCAGACUAUGCACAGCAGAAUAGCAAGGCCAAAAAAGCCGGGGAGUUGUUCAGUAUCGCAAUGGACAGUCUUGUCAAAUAUGGCGGUCCCUUCAGCGACCAGUCCACCAACUCAAUUCCUGCAAUGGCUGCCGUGAUGAUUUUGGAUGCACACUGGGAUAAGUCCCAAAAUCUAAUUCUGGGACAUGCUGCAUUAGGGGGAGGGUCUGACAGAAUCAAGUUAGCCAUUUUCGGCUCACAUGGCCUUCAUUCGUGGCCAAUGAAUCUAGAAUCUUUACACAGAGCAUUUACCGAUACAACUCCCAUCAGCACCAAUGAGGUUGCCAAUGAUUGCAACCAGUGUGGAACAGCUUGGGAAUGCUUCACGUUGACAUUGGGAGCAUUCAUGCACGAAAUUGGACACUUGCUUGGGUGUCCGCACCAGAGAAACGGAGUGAUGCUCCGAGACUACCUGACCAUGAACAGAAAGUUCUUACCCAAGGAAGCAUAUUGUCAAAGAACUAACCGGUCAGAAUGGGGUCCGGUCCCAACUUCGCAAGAACCGGGUUGGCACAGGCUCGACAAAAUCCGGUUCUUGUACCAUCCUGCGUUUGCCGUUCCAUCUGACUUUUAUGUGGACUCGUUCAAGCCACGUGCGUUCCAGGUCAACCAGGGCAUGAAACUUCCACAAGACAUGAUUAGUGAAAUAUCUGUCGUGACCAUUGAUAAAGACACUUUUGACCUGGUUGCUCCUUCGGGACUUUAUCUGGUCGAAUUCAUCACGGGAGAGUUCCCGGAUCUGCAUUACGAGUUCCUGCCGGUGUUUUUACAAGGCCAGGGCUGUCAGGGCGGUGUGCGCAUAUCCAUUUCGAGUGUUGAAGCUCAGCUCAAGACCAAAAAGCCAAUCAAUCUUCGGAUCCUGGCUCGCGGAUUCAUUCAAAAGGAUAUCAGCGACAUCCGCAAGUUGCUGGCUGAACUGAGCACUCCGGUGAUGGUCCAAGGUGGCUCGUUGGCGUUGACCAAGAGCGAGCCAUAUGGUGGGUCUAAUGGCCGCGACGUCAUGGUCAGCUUCCCCGACAAGAACAUCAAGGGAUUCCAAGUCACGCACGGCUUAGCCCUGGAUGGGAUCCGUGUCUGUUUUGAGGACAACAGCUACGUUGAUUUCGGUAACUUCAAGCAUCACCAUACCGAUUUCUGGCUACAAAAAGACGAAGUUGUCACUGGCUUCAACGUCCGAUGCGGAGCCUGGGUCGAUGGAAUUCAGAUACUUACCAACAGAAAGACCAGUCCGAUGCUUGGCGGCGGCGGGGGUGGAGUGCGGCAGUUCUUGAUCCCGCAAGGACGCAAGCUGCAGGGACUUUAUGGCAAAAUGGAAAGUUGGUGUAUUAGCGUGGGCUUUUUAUACGGCUAG